AGUGGUCAACAAGAUGGCAACGCGGCAGCCGAGCUCCAUUCAACCGCGGCCGAACAUCUUGGUGUUUUUCUCUUCAGCUGACCUCGUGCUUUUGUUAGUUUUGCUUGUAAACCCCGUUUGGAAAAGUGGGUGGGUAGGUGGGACUCUGUUAACAGAUGUGCGUGGAUUAUAAAGUCAAAGCAUAAUGCGUAUACUGUACUGUAUGGAAAAGGUAGCUAGGCUUUUACCCCCGGGAAAAGGACUUACGGAGCAAUAGUUUCUUGCAGGGCAACCAAUCGCCUGGGAUCUUUUCUCCACACAUUGGUUUGUUCUUGUGGUCCCAUGGUGAUCAGACUUUAGUGUGGUUAAACGAAAUGAAGGGAAUGGAAUGGUCACUGGAAUCUUAUUGUGUUCUAAAAGAUUACAAUACAGUGUACUUAAUAUUGUAGUUACGAACGUCCCCUUUUGCCUACUCUCUUUUUACUAUGAUUUUGACGUAACUCCAUUCUUACUGCUCCAGGAGUGUAUUCUAGCCAGUGAUGAUCAUUCUGAAGUUUGUUGAUCAUCUGGCUGCAUCUCUUGUUUUUUCACAUAUUGGCAUGCGCAUGCAAAAAAGUUAGGCGUCACAUAGCUUGGUUGUAUCUUGCAGUAACCUCAAGUUGCCUCCAACUGUUGCUUAGGCAAGGGCAAUUUUGUCCCUUUCCUCUUACUUUGUCUGACUUUCCCCCCCAGAUCAGUAGCUUGUUUUCUAGAUAAUGAAAAUAUGGGAUUAUUUGGAAGCUUAUUUAUAUUGCAGUGCACUUAUAGAAUACUAUGUAAUACCCCGGUCCAUUUGCUCCCUUUUCAGAAACAAACUUGGCAUUGAGUAUACAGCAUUUUCUGGCUGCCAGUUAUUUUAGCUGCCUAAGUGAAAUUUCUAAUGUGGACACAUAUUGUUGGCUGAAUCUGGAACUAUUUCAUCAGUCCUAAGUUGUAGGACACAGCUACUUGAGAACAUGAGAGCCAUUGUGGAAUCUCUUUUGAAAAUUUGGUUUCUGUAUGCAGAAUUCAAUUUUGCUUGACUUCAAAUUCCCAGACUGCCAUUCCCUAACAUCUCCAUUUUUAUGCUGCUGCCUCUUUUCCAGGGAGCUGUAAAGAGGCAAGCCUUGUAUGCCUGCAGUACGUGCACGCCGCCAGGAGAAGAACCAGCAGGGAUCUGUUUAGCAUGCAGUUAUGAAUGUCAUGGCACCCACAAGUUAUUUGAGCUGUAUACAAAAAGAAACUUCCGCUGUGAUUGUGGAAACAGCAAAUUCAAAAAUCUGCAAUGCAAACUACUUCCAGAGAAGGCAAUGGUGAAUCCAGCAAAUAAAUAUAACGAUAACUUCUUUGGAUUAUAUUGCGUUUGUAAAAGACCUUACCCAGAUCCUGAUGAUGAGAUUCCAGAUGAAAUGAUCCAGUGCAUAGUUUGUGAAGACUGGUUUCAUGGAAGGCAUCUUGGUGCAAUCCCGCCAGAAAGUGGGGACUUUCACGAAAUGGUGUGUCAGGCUUGCAUGGAUCGCUGCCCUUUCCUAUGGGCAUAUGCCUCACAGAUAGCAGUUCACACUGUGACCAAAGUUACUCCUGCAGCUGAAGAUCAAGUUGUGCUGAAUGUUGAAGAAACUGAAGAAAUAAAAAAAGAAAAUGGUAUAGAUAAUCAAAUAAAGACCGAAGAAGAAAAAGCAGCACACAAUAAUGAACCAUCCACCAGCUCUGCCUCUGAAUGUUCUGAGACAGUUAAGAAUGAAGAAUCUACCUGCAGAUUCCAAGAACUUAAAGCCAAGCAGUAUGUACAGAAGAAUAGGGCCACCUUUUGGCCACACAACUGGCGAAGUAAAUUGUGCACCUGCAAAGAAUGUGUGAAAAUGUAUUGUGACCUGGAAGUCCCAUUUCUAACAGAGGAAUGUGAUACAGUCUUAGCCUAUGAGAAUAAAGGGACAAGUGACCAGGAAGCAGACAGAAGAGAUCCUCUAAUGGACACACUUAGCAGCAUGAAUAGAGUCCAGCAGGUGGAGCUAAUCAGUGAAUACAAUGACUUGAAAACAGAACUGACAGACUAUUUGAGAAGAUUUGCGAAUGACGGAACAGUUGUUAAGAGAGAAGACAUUCAGCAGUUUUUUGAAGAAUUUCAGUCUCGGAAGAGGAGGAGAACAGAUCGGAUGCAGUACUACUGUAGCUAGACUGGCCUGGAAAUCGAAGGACAAGUUUUUUGCUACCCUUUUUCAUUCUUCCUUCCCUUCUGAUUUAAUUCGACUACCUGUUCAUCUUGGCUUUUGUCCUAUAAGGCAAUGCUUGCUGCUUUACAGCUUAAACAUGUGCUCUAAUUUCAUGGCAGCUGUGCUGAAAAUUAACAAGAUCAUGGUUUCAUAAAAAUGCCAAUUAGUUUGCGUUGAAUGAAUUGGGGAUGGGGUUAGUGUCCAAAGGUAUAUACUUAGAUGAAGAUUAACAAGCAUGCUAAACAGCUGUCAUUGAUGAAUGAUUCUUCAUUUGGUUAAAAGAAAAACCUAGAUCACUGACUGAAGUUUACAGAACAAUGUUUAUAAUCAGGUACCCCUUUUUCAUGCAGAUCUGUUUUUAAAAUAAGAAUUCAUACCUGUUCAAUUUAAGUACACCCUCUUAUUAAUUUCUAGUACAAAUCAUGUUAAGAGAGUGAAUACAGGAUCAGAAUGUGAAUUAAUGAAUCUCUCAUUGAAUGAAGUACAAAUUCUAGCUAAUGAUAUGAACAGAAGGACACAUGCAUAUUCUAGUUAAUAUUUCCUUGAUAACUCCUACUGUAUAGCAGCUUUUUACAAUGAAAUUACUGUAAAUGCUAAUUUCCUGCCCUCACAGAAUGUAAAUACAUUGGUUGCUGCAGGAUGCUAGUAGGUUAUCAUUUUACUUCUUAGACUGUAAGGAAUCUCUGGUUUGGAAGCUUAUAUAAUGUAAUUGUUCUAGUUUGUAUAUGUUUCAGAGGGGUAGCCUACAAAGGUAUUUAACCACCUGUAAAAUAAUGAACUUGUGAUCUUUUUGUAAUAAUUUUAGAUAAUAAAACCAAGUCAAGCAUAUUGUAAAUAAUGUUAAAACCAACAUUCAGAAGCAGUUUUCUUACUAGUGCUCAACUUAAUUAUUCAAGCAAAUCUUAAAUGUGUGUAUUAUUCACAACCCUUAAAGUGAUGUCUUCUUCAGCCACCAUUUGGCUUUUUAAUCUCAAUAAAGCAGUUGGUUGUCAUUA